ACUAGCAUCAUUAAACGCAGCCGACUGCCGAAGUCAUCUAUUUGGCGGGAAACAGUAGAACAACAGACUAGAACGUAGUAAAACGUAGCGCUGCGAAGAGAGGCAGGCUAAGGCAAGCGUUAUUGUGCGUGAUCGUUAAUUUGGAACUUUUUUGCGAAAGCUCUCUGUUUCGAUAAGAAAUUGAUAGACUCUUACGGCCGUGCUGAUAAUAAUAAACCGCAAUCAUGUACAAUUUAACGGAAGGAGCAUUGGAGAAAAUCAUGCAAGGCAUACGUGUCCCUAACCCAGUUCUUCAAGUAUUGAGUUACAAGAAACUGUCAAGAAAUGCAAAUGAAGAUGGUUCUGGUACUGAUCGAUUCAUGUUGCUGAUAUCUGAUGGACAGAAGUUACACUCAUUCACGAUAUUGAACACUCAAUUGAACAAUCUGAUCACAGAGAAUAUUUUGAAUGAUUAUGCGAUCUGCAAAAUAACUAAGUAUUUCAUGAUUUCACCGGACAUCAGCAAAGACAUACGCGUUAUGUUGAUAUUGGAUAUUGAAGUAUUGGUUUCUGGCGAUCAAGUCGGAAACAAAAUAGGUAAUCCAACUAAUAUAGAAAUGAAGCCAGAGCUUUAAUCUACGUCUACGUCUACGUCUACAUCUACAUCUAAGGCCACAACUGCACAUUACCAAAAUGGUUCAAUCAGAAAUGGUACUUCAAAUAAUCAAGCCUCUUCUGACAUAUACACUACUCCAACCGCAGCAUUAAGCCCUUACCAAAACAAGUGAGAGAGAGAGAGAGUUCUAUGUAAACUAUGGAUCUGUUUUUUAUUUUAAUAAAUAAUAAACCGUGGAUUGAUU